AUGGUGGCGCAACCUGUGCCAGCAGACUCGUCCUCCAAUGCGUCUGCAUCGUCUGACAGCGAAGGCGAGGUCGCCAAGGUACACCAGUUCAACGAGCAGACAAACUAUGUCCCCAAGAGAACAAUCAUCACGAUCUUCCUUGCCUGUGCUAGCGUUGACCUUUUGGCUCUGAUGGACCAAACCACCCUCGCGACAAGUUUAACGUCUACCGUGGGACAAUUGCUAUACGGCCGACUCUCCGACAUUUGGUCCCGCAAGGCGGUGUUGCUGACCGGGCUCGCCAUCUUCUUUGUCGGAUCUCUGGCGUCGUCGCUUGCUCAGUCCGUACUGCAACUGACUGUCUUCCGCGCAUUCACUGGCAUUGGAGGCGGCGGCUUGAUGACUGUCGCGCAGCUCAUUGUCAGCGACGUCGUGCCCUUGCGAGAGAGGGGAAAGUACCAAGGGAUCCUGGGUGCUGUCGUGGCCAUUGCAAACGGCAUUGGGCCCAUCGUCGGCGGCGCCCUUUCGUCAAAGUCGUCUGAAUCAUGGCGGUGGAUUUUCCGGCUCAAUCUUCCAUUGACGGCAUUCACGACGGGCUGUGUCAUGUUUUUCAUGCCCUUGAAGAAGGUUCAAGGCGAUUGGAGGCUGAAACUAAAGGCGGUCGAUUUCGGCGGCAUCUUGCUCGCAUUUUCCGGAAUGACCAUCUUUAUCCUGGGCAUGACUUGGGGAGGCCGUGAGUACUCGUGGAAUUCUGCGCAAGUCAUUGCGACCAUGGUGGUUGGCGUGGUUGUCUCGGCUGGCUUCAUCUUGUGGCAAUGGAAAGGACCCAAAUAUCCUCUUGUGCCUCUCCGCAUUUUCAAGUCCAAGAUCGUCAAUGGCGCGUGUCUGACAAUGGCCAUCAACGGAUGGAACUUUGUCAUGCAAGUGUACUAUGUCCCGUCAUUCUACCAGCUUGUCUACGGAUACUCUGCCACAAAGUCGGGAGCUCUCCUUUUGCCCAUCACCAUCAUUCAAACCCUCAGCAGUACUCUCUCCGGCUUGGUUGUACACUGGGUCGGCCGGUACCGGGAAUGCAUCUUAUUCGGCUGGGUGUGCUGGGCCGUUGGUCUCGGUCUCAUGUCGACUUUGGACGAGACCACUGGACUUGGCAAACAGAUUGGGUACGCGACAUUGAUUGGUGUUGGUGUUGGCAACACAUUGCAGCCGGCAUUGAUUGCAACCCAGGCAGGCGUCGAGCGGCGCGACAUGGCAAUCGUCACCUCGUUCCGCAACAACAACAUUCUGGCUGGCGCAUUCUCAUCCCUCAGCCUGGAUGCAAAGGCAGCCAGGUUGCUCCUCAGCAACCCGCAAGCGUAUCUUGGAACAGUGUCUCCGGAGGAAGCAGGCCGUAUCAGAGCUAUUCUUUUCCCGGCAUAUCAGCGCGGCUUCCGUAUCAUUUUCAUCAUCGGCGCAUCAUUAGCCGCAUUUGCAUUUGUCCUGGCAUUUUUGCUCAUGCCGCAGGUGGAGUUGAGUAGACCAGACGACCAAAAAUUAAAGGAGGAGGCGCAAAGGGCUCAUGACGAAAAGAAAAGGAAAAGAGACGCUGCUUAG